AUGACUGCAAAGCAAAUUAAACGGUUCCCACGUAUACGGUUUCUUUGGUUGUAUGGUGUAAUCUUCCAAGGCGACUUUACGGGAUGUCUUCCCGAGUUGAAAUGGAUCAGUUUGCAAUAUUCUCCCUUUCAUCAUCAAUGUUUUGAGGCAACUAAUUUGUUGCAUCUAGAAAACGUGGUUGUGGUGAAUAUUUCUUACCUUGAUUUAACAGAAGAUGAGGUCGAGAGCCUAAUCAAGGGGGCAAGGAAGUUGAAGGUUCUUACUCUUCUAUGUAUUGGUUCCAUACAUAGGAAACCAACCUUUCCCGAGUUCUCAGUUUUAGAAAAGUUGACUAUUUCUGAAUGUCCGUCUUUGGUGGAAAUUGACUGUUCUAUUGGGAAACUGAGGUGGCUAACUGAUUUGAGUAUUGAGUUUUGUUCGGCACUUAGAAAAUUGCCUGAACAAAUUGGAGAGCUACAGAAUCUUCGACACCUCUCUCUUAGGUGGUGUCGUGACUUGAGUGAACUCCCUGACUCAGUUUCGAAAUUAGUGUCCUUAACGCAUCUGGAUGUAUCAUUCACAAGAAUUACAAGAUUACUAGAUUCCAUUGGUAGACUACCAAGCCAAUCAACUGCCAAUGUAUCACGCACACCAACUAUGGAAUUACCCAGUACAAUGAGUAAGUUUCUUCACCUCCAAACACUGGACUUGGCUCAAUGCCAUGGGAUACAAGAGUUGCCGAAGCUCCCCAGAAGUUUGACCACUCUACGGCUGAGUUCUACUUCGUUGCUGACUGUCCCUAACCUUUCAUACCUUACGAAUCUAGUUGAACUUCUCCUAUCUGAUGGCUCUAACGGUGGGUCCACCACAUCAAAUUUAAUUCAAACUUGCGACUUGAGAUGGAUUGGGAGGUUAUCUAGACUGAGCAAGCUAAACUUUAGCUUAUCGAAUGUCCAUGCCCCAACUACAGAGUUGGGUUCCCUUUUUCUAUUGAAAGGGCUUAUACUAUGUGGACUAGACUUGCAAACCCUCAAACAACUUCCAUCAAACUUGAUAGUUUUAGAGCUCUAUCGUACUCGAGUGAAACAAGUAUAUCUCGGCGGGCUUCCUCCAUUGGAAAAUGAGACUGUAUUCGUUUCAUCAAGUUUGAGAAAAUUGAGAGAAAAAAAGGUGCACGAGCAAUGUGAUGUUCAAUUUAUCGAUGUCUUAGAAUCGUCGGAGAGAUCGUGUAUCCAGGACUGCAAAUCUUCCAAGAGUUUAGUUUGUUUGCCAGAGGAGUUGGGGUGUAAUGAGCUACAAGCUCCCGAGUUGGUUGAUCGUUGGAGGGGAGCAUUCCUUGUCCCAAGCUCCCCAAAGAUGCUUAAAGAAUUCCGUCUGUGGGGGUGCCCAGAGGUACAAGAUAUUCAAUUUGUUUCUACUUUGGGAUCAUUGGAAAAAUUUUCCGUUGGAUAUUGCAUUUCAUUAAAAAGGGUAGGCGGUUUGUCAAACUUGAAGAACCUGAAGUUGUUAGAUAUUCACUGGUGCAAGAGCCUGCAGGUUGUCGAGGGCAUUGACGAAUUAGAGUUUUUGCAGCAGUUGUUACUUUAUCAGUGCAGAUCAAUGGAAAUGAUUUUUGAUGCAUUGAGCUCAAAAAUAUCAAAUGAGUGCCGGAUAGACGUGAUAUGUUGUGGGAAGUUACUUGACAGUGGUCCAAAUCCACAUAUCGUCACUUGGGAGUCUUACAGAGAGAUGAUUGUAAAUGGAACGAAGCAAGCAUUAGACUCUGAAAUUGAAACAACUGAAUCUAAAACAGAAACAGGGGAUCCUCUAAAGAAAAUGGUGCGUCUUCUUCCUAUUCAUAGAUCAUUGCUGUUUCUUCCGCUUUAUUUGCUUUCUAUUUCUGCUUUAUUCUAGUGAAGAGAGAUAAUGAACCGAUUCUAAAACGUGCAACCAAGGAAAAUCUCAUUAAAAUUCCCCAUCUUACUGAGAAUCUCCAUAUGCUGCGUGUGUGUCAACUUCGGUGGUGAAGUUGGGGAUAUUACAUC